AUGGCCAUCUUUGACCGUGUAUUUCGAAACAAGGGCCAAGAGGCCCCGGUAAUCGUCGACGAAGAGGCCAAGGGCCCUCACUUCACUGUAUUUUCCAGCCCAGAGUCGUCUCAACCUAACAGCGAGACUUCAUCCGGCUUUACAACUCCAACAGAAGAGAAGAGCCUCGCUCCGCUGGGGCAAUGUCCCGAGAUCGGUCGGCUGGCCUCCUGGCGAGGCGCGUUGAUCCUGUUGGUGACCUCCGGCUCUCAGUUCCUCGACAAUGUGUACAUGACGAGCGCCAACGUCGCGCUCUCCUCGAUCCAGAAGGAGUUUGACGUGAGCAGCACCAACCUGCAAUGGAUGAUCUCUGCAUACACCUUGACAUUUGGCGGGUUCCUGCUUCUUGCCGGGGUCCUAUCCGAUCGAUACGGCCGGAAGAACAUUCUGUGCAUCGGCCUAUUCUGGCUGUCAGUCUGGACCCUGGCGAUCGGAUUCGGCCAGUCCUUCAUCUCGCUCACCAUCUUUCGCGGCCUGCAGGGCAUUGGCGCGGCCAUGACGGUCCCGUCCGCGAUCGGGAUCAUCAGCGCCUACUUCACGGGCGUGGAUCGCACGCGCGGCCUUGCCAUCUACGCUUCCUCGGGAACCGUGGGGUUCUGCGUCGGGCUCAUCUUCGGGGGGUUUCUUACCUCAUCGCUGGGGUGGCGGUACAUCUACUACUUCAUCGUGAUCAUCACGGGGUCGCUGUGCAUCCUGGGGGGCGGUGGUUCUGCCCCGGGACAUCAUGCCGAAGGAGAAGCCCAAGAUGGAUUUCGUGGGCGCAUCGAUUUCGUCCUGUCGAGCGGCGGCACCUACGGCUGGAGCCAGCCGUUCAUCAUCGUGCUGCUGAUCCUCGCGGUCGCACUGCUGGUCGCCUUCACCGUGCUGCAGAAGUUCAUCGCCUACCCGCUGAUGCCGCUCGGGCUGUGGAAGAUCCCCAACUUUGCGGGGCUGUGGAUCGCGGGCUUCACCUGCUACGGCAGCUACCAAAACGUGAUCUACUACAUCGUCCUAAUGGCGCAGGAAGUCGACAAGCUGUCCGCGGGCCAGACGGCGCUGCGCUUCCUCCCGAUGGGGGCGAUCGGCUUCGUCGCCUCGAUGGGCACCGGCAAGGCGCUGGAGUACGUGAACGGGAAAUACACCCUGCUCGCCGGGCUGGUCCUGACGGUGGUGGCGCCGAUCCCGAGCAGCAUCACCGCGAGCCCUGAGUCAAGCUUCUGGACAAACGUCUUCCCCACCUCCCUAAUCAGCAUAACGGCCGUCUCCCUCAUCUUCGUCACAACCAGCACCUGCAUCCUGACCACCGUCCCCAUCAACGUCAAAUCCCUGUGCGGCGGGAUGCUCAACACCGCCUUCCAGAUCGGCUCCGGCGUCGCCCUCGCCAUCUCCGCCGCCGUCACCGAGGCGGUCGACAUCGAGAAGGGCCACGACCUCGCCCACCAGUAUUCUACAGGAUUGUGGUGCUCCGCCGGCCUGGCCGGGUUAGGGCUGCUCGUGGCGCUGUUCUCUGUGCGCCGGAGGGGGAUCGCGCCCGAGAACCGGGUGGAUUCUGUUUGCGCUAUCUAA